AUGCCUUCCACCACCCCAUCAUCAAAAAGAGACUUCGACCUCGCCAUAAUCGGCGGCGGAAUCUCAGGUCAAACCCUCGCCAUCGCCCUCCACACCCGCGGCUUGCGCGUAAAAAUCUACGAACAAGCCCCUUCCUUCGGCGAAGUCGGCGCAGGAGUCGCCUUCACAGGCAACGCAGUCCAGUCCAUGAAGCACUGCUACAGUGGAAUCUACGAAGCCUUUGAGAAAGUCCGAACUGGGAACAUUUGGGACAGCAAGAAGAAAGUGUGGUUUGAUUAUCACGAUGGGUUCAGUGUGAAGGAAGGCGGCGAGGGGACGUGGGCGUUUAGUAUUGUGAAUCAGUUAGGACAGGCGGGGGUGCAUAGGGCGAGGUAUUUGGAUGAGUUGGUCAAGUUGAUUCCGGAGGAUGUGGUGGAUUUUGGGAGGAGGUUGGAGGGGUUGGGGAGGGAUAAGAAGACUGGACGGCACGUGCUUCAUUUCCAUGAUGGGUCCACCGCUACAGCGACGGCGGUGAUAGGGUGUGAUGGCAUCAAGUCGAAGGUCCGGAGUCUGAUGUAUGGACCUUCUCAUCCGUGUUCGAAGCCGACGUAUUCGCACAAGUACGCGUACCGCGCGUUAGCGACGAUGGAGGAUGCGGUGAAAGCCGUGGGCGAGGAGAAGGCGAAGAAUGCGUGUAUGCACAUGGGUCCUGGGGGACACAUGCUCACUUUCCCCGUCAACCACGGGAAAACGCUGAACAUUGUGGCGUUCCACACGACGGACGACGAAUGGCCAGACGAUUCACACCUCACACGGCCAGCGAAGCGAGAGGAUGCGCUGAAAGACUUCGAGGGCUAUGGGAGCGAUGUGAGGAAUUUGCUGGAAUUGUGUCAGCCGAAUCUGGACGUAUGGGCGAUUUUCCAUCUGGGUGACAAUCCUGUACCUAAGUACAACUACGGAAGUGUCCUCUUGAUCGGUGACGCGGCGCACGCGACGAGUCCACAUCACGGUGCCGGAGCUGGCUUUUGUAUUGAAGAUAGUGCCGUGCUGGCGGAUCUGUUGGCUGAUGAGAGGGUGAAGAGCCAGAAAGAUAUUGCAGCUGCGUUUGAGACGUUCGAUCAGGUGAGGAGGGAGAGAGGGAAUUGGUUGGUGCAGACGAGCCAGCACAUUGGAAACUGUUAUGAAUGGCUUGCGGAGGGCGUUGGGGAGGACUUCAAGAAGAUUAAGCAUGAGAUUGAUACGAGGAAUGGUAUGAUUGCGGAUGUGGAUGUUGCGAGUAUGUGUCGGGAGGCGAAGCAGCGGCUGGGUGCUAGUUUAGCGGCGAGUGGAAAGCUGUGA